AUGCAGCAGGCCACGGUGCGAAAGGUGUUCAAGUGUGUCGCAGGGGUGCUCAACAAUGCCUUCGGAGCAGAUGAGGCAAAGAAGUGCGAGGCGGAGUUGAAGGAAGUCUUCGGCGCCGAGUUCGAGGACUCUUCCUUCCCGUCCGUGUGCCGGGCCUUGUCCAAGGCCAUCGACGCAGGCUUGGUGCCGGAGCAAGGCUUGCAGACCCUGCGGAACCUGGCCUCGGAGUUUGAGAAGCAUGGCUUGGAGCCCGGCUCCGCACUUCCCCGCUCCUUGGGGCUCUCGUCCACGCUGACGCUGAACGUGGUGAACAUGGCCGGGGAGAAGGCGUCCUAUGAGGUGCAGGCCCUGGGCCGAGUUGUUGGCCUGAAGAGCCAGCUUGCCAUUCCGUUCGGGAAGAAAGCCAACCUUACCUUCAAAGAUACGUUGCUUCAGGACUCACAGACCUUUGCAGAUGCAGGGGUUGUUGAUGGCUCUGACCUUCUGUGCGUUCAGGAAGAGAUGUCAUGGGAAGAAGGGCAGCAGAGUGCCAUGAAGGACCUGCUCGACUUCCUGGAUGAGGGGGAGGAGGUGGAGGCUGUCGUCUUUGGCGACUGGGGUUGGGGAGGCUACGAAGAGGUCGACGAAGCAGUCCGCAUCCCCGAGGACCGGCGGGAGAAGGUGCUCUCACCCUAUGAGGCUGGCUCCUAG